AUGGCGCUCACCGCGCGCGGCCGCAGCGAGCCGUUCCAUCUGAGCAAGUACAUCGUCCCGCCCAACGACUCGAACCCCGAGGAUCAUCGGUACGCGUACGUUGACGGGCUGGGACGCCGCCAGAGCGGGCAGGUGCCCGUGCUGCGCUUCGCGAGCGAGGUCGAGCAGUGGCUCGCAAAGGAAGAGGCCCUGUACGCGCCUUUUGCCGUGGCCGUGAUCCGCGCGUAUGUCGACUACAAGGCUCGGGGCGCCGCCGCCAGGGAGGUGGCGGAGAAGCUGCUCGCCCUCGAGCGGCAGGUUGUCGUCGCGCGCGGGCUGACACACACGGCCGACGCGUUCGCCCAGGUACGCCGCGAGCGUGGCCUCGGGCCGUCGAGCGUGCUCUCUGCCCUUGCGGACCGGCAACGGGUCGACCGCGACGCCGCGUCCGAGCGGGGCGAGCAUGUGCCCCCUAGCUAUGUGCAGGCUGUUGACGCUGCUGCUGCUGCUGCUGCUGCUGCUUCUGCUGCGCCUACACCUGCGCCGUCGGCGCUCGCGGACCAGGUGCGCGCGCUGGUUGGCCUCGUGGCGCGCCUCGAGUCGCGCGUCAAGGACCUCGAAGGCGCGCUUGGAGAGGAGAGGGAACGGCGGAGGGAGCUCGAGGGUGCGCUGGCCGUGCUCACUGCUGAGCGGGGGCUGAGAUAG